CUUUCUUCUUUUCUUCUUUUCUUAUUUCCUUGGCAAAAGGAAAACGCAAAAGGCCGACAAGAUUACCGGAAAGGAAUCUGCGACGGAGGCCAUUGAACCUCCACCUCACCCUUCCUCGCUCGUUACCUCGCUUCUUCGGGAAGCUUUUAUCGAGAAUAAUUUGUUCCGUUCUUUGCCUCUCUGCCCUUUUGCUUUUGGUUCAAGAUAAGCCCGAGUGUGCAAUGACAGAGAGGCAGAGAGAGAGAGAGAGAGAGAGAGAGAGCUAUCUUUCUUCCUUUCUUUCUGGCGAAACAAAGAGCCAUUUUGUUCCUGUCAAUCAGUCCAUGGCGACUUUAAUUGACUGCGAACCGCAAAAAAUAAACAUAUCCCAUUUCCCCCUUCCGUGGAAAAAGAGGUAAAAACUCUCCCUUUCUCUCUCUCUCUCUCUCUCUCUCUCUCUCUCUCGGGGACACGCAUCAUAGUCCGAGAACACGCAUCAACGCAAUCUCUACUGCCCUCGAGCAACAACUGCUGUCCGUCCGCCUCCAGAUCUGCACAUCCCCAGUCCAACCCUUGUCAUUCGUCGUUACAGAGCCGUUAGAGAUGGAGUCGGAGCAGCGGCGGAGGCGGAAGCGCAGCGCCUCCGCCAAGCCUUACUCGAGCGGCUCCCAGCUGUUCUCCCUCAGAUCCCUUGCCCUCUGCCUCUCCUUCCUCGUCUUCCUCCUCUUCCUGUCCUACUCCUCCUCCUCCGACCGCGGCCUCAGCGUCUCCGCCGCGUCCUUCCGCCCCGUCCUCAGCGCCUCCACCUUGUCGCUCCUGUCCUCUUCCGCCGGCAACUCCGUUCUCGACUCCCUCAAGCACCGCCCGCUCUCGUCGUCGUCGGCGCAGCCGAGGGUCAAGGAUCGGGUUCUGUUCCCCGACCACGUGUUGCUCCUCGUGUCCGACGGAGUGAUCCUCCUCCGCCGCCGCCGCGAGGACUUGGAGUGCGUGUACCACGCACCGGCUUCGAAUGGUUCCGAUCGGCACGCCGAGGCUGCGCUGUCCGUUGAUGUUUACAAUGAGCAUAGGUCCAUUGUCAGGUGUCCGCUACCGCCGGCGAAUUUCUCAGCUGCCGAGGUGGAUUUGCGCAGGCGCGGCGGCGGCGGCGCCGCUGCUCCGGCGGACGGUUGGGAACGAGCGCGGUCCAAUCGGACGGCGGCGGCGGUCCGGGCGUGGGACAGGGUGGUGUAUGGGGCCGAGCUGGACGGAGAGACUGCGGUGGUGUUUGUGAAGGGGCUGAAUCUGAGGCCGCACCGGAGAUCCAACCCGGCGCAAUUCAGCUGCCACUUCGGGUGGGCCAAAUGGGACAAGGACGAGACUUCCGUGCGGACGACGAGGGCGGUCUCGGCGGCUCAGGAGGUGAUCAGGUGUCCGCUGCCACGGAGCAUUCGGAGCAACCCGAUCAAAGCUCAGGGGGUUCGGGUCACGAUCGGGUUGCCCUCCAAUUUCCACUCGCACGGCAGGUCCUCAGUUCACGUUCCCAUGCCUUCUGUGGCCAGGAUUUACAGUUCCAAGGGGACCAGCGAGGAAGCGGGGAGGAAGAAGAUGACGACGAAGCACGAGCUCUGCGCUUGUACCAUGGUUUGGAACCAAGCCGCGUCGUUGCGGGAGUGGAUAAUGUACCACGCCUGGCUCGGCAUCGACCGCUGGUUCAUCUACGACAACAACAGCGACGACGAUAUCAAGGAAGUGAUCGGAGAGCUCAACUCACAGAACUACAAUGUGAGCAGGCAGAGCUGGCCGUGGAUAAAGACCCAAGAAGCCGGGUUCUCGCAUUGCGUGCUGAGGGCGAGGGAUGAGUGCAAUUGGGUGGGAUUCUUCGACGUCGACGAGUUCUUCUACUUCCCGUUCCCGAGCAACCCCCGCAGGGGCCUCGGCAUCCCGGGCAAAGGCACGCUGAGGGCUAUGGUCGCCAACUUCUCGAGCGCAUCCUCGAUAAUCGCGGAGAUAAGGACGGUUUGCCAUAGCUUCGGGCCGUCGGGGUUGACCUCGCCGCCUCCGCGCGGAGUGACGGUCGGGUACACCUGUAGGCUGCAGCAGCCAGAGCGGCACAAGUCUAUCGUGCGGCCCGACGCACUCGACCCGACCCUCCUCAAUGAGGUGCACCAUUUCAGGUUGAAGGAAGGGUUCAGGUACUUGAAUGUGCCGGAGAGCAUUGCGGUGAUCAACCACUACAAGUACCAGGUGUGGGAGACGUUUAGGACCAAGUUCUUCCGGAGGGUCGCCACAUACGUGGCGGAUUGGCGGGAGGAUCAGAACAAGGGCUCUAAGGACAGGGCGCCGGGCCUCGGGACCGAGGCCAUCGAGCCUCACAACUGGAGAUUGCAGUUCUGUGAGCUUUGGGACACGGGGUUGAGAGACUUUGUUUUGGCUAACUUUGCUCAUCCUGCAACCAGUACGAUGCUGCCAUGGGAGAGGUCUUCACCUUCGAGGUGACACAAAGUACAGUCGAGUUCAUAUAGAUUGUUCGCCUGCAUUUGUAAAACAGAGAGACAUUAUACAGAGAACCAAUUCUUUUUUUGUUGAUUCUUUUUUUCGGGGAGCCCAUCCUUUUGUAUCUUACCUUUCUUUCUUUCUUCCUGCCACGAAGAUGUACUGUUAGAUCAUAGAGAUCUCACACAGAUGUAAUAUUUUGACGACAUGAAUUGAUUCUUUCGUUCUUAUGCUUA